CCAACCAAGCGGCUCUAUGGGCUGCGGCACGCCUCUCCACCCACCACCCAACCAACCACCCUAUGGUCCGUGGUCCAGUUGGAUUUCAAAGUCCAUAUCCAAUUCAGUUUUAUCUUUCACCCCUUUCUUUUCUCUCUCAUAUUAUUAUCAUCUUAUCUCCAAACCCCAAUUCAAAAGUCCAAUUCAAUUACCGGGUUCAAGCCCAAUCUUCUCUCUCCUCUCUCUCUCUCUCUCAUCGAAGAAAUCUUUCUAGAUCUCGAAUUCUCCGUUGCAUCUCCGGCUGAUUGCAGUUACAUCCCUCGUACACCUGCUACAGCUGUUGUUAAGGCAAAUUUUCAGUUCUUUUCUUGUUUACACAUGGAGGCAAUUCCUACGGAGAAUAACGCUCUGGUUAAUAUGGAGAUGCACCUUGAGCCGGUGUAUCUGGGUAUGGAAACAAACAACAUUGAAACAACGCCGCCCACCAAGCGUAGAAAGAAAAAGUCAAUGGUUUGGGAACACUUCACCAUUGAAACAGUUAGCCCGGGUUGUAGAAGAGCUUGCUGUAAGCAAUGCAAGCAAUCCUUUGCAUACAGCAUGGGUUCGAAAGUUGCUGGAACCAGCCACCUUAAACGCCAUAUUGCUAAAGGCGGUUGCCCCGUUGUGCUUAGAAACCAGCAACAGGACCCAAUGGCAAUGACUCCAUUCAGUGCGCCUUCAAAGAUAGCCAACGACUCUGCUGGUCCAACUCCAACUACUGAUCCACCUAAACGACGGUACCGAACCUCCAGCGUUCCUUAUGUUGCCUUUGACUCUGACCGUUGCCGCCAAGAAAUAGCCCAGAUGAUUAUCCUGCAUGAUUACCCGCUUCACAUUGUUGAACACCCGGGGUUUGUUGCGUUUGUGCGUAACCUUCAGCCGAAUUUCAGUAUGGUUAAUUUUAAUACGGUUCAAGGUGAUUGUAUAGCAACUUAUCUUGGAGAAAAACAGAGUGUUCAGAAUCUGAUUGAAGGGAUGCCGGGACGGAUUUGCUUGACACUCGACCUCUGGACGUCAUGCCAGACAACCGGUUAUGUUUUUGUCACAGGACAAUUCGUUGAUAACGAGUGGAAAAUACACAGAAAGUUACUAAAUGUUGUGAUGGAACCGUUUCCCGAAUCUGAUUCGGCUUUUAGCCAUGCUGUGUCUUCAUGUCUGUCUGAUUGGAACAUGGAGGGACGGUUAUUCUCGAUUACAAUCAACCAGAAUUUGAGUGACGCCGGGAUCGAUAGCCUUAGAAGUUUGCUUUCCGAGAAAAACCCAAAUACUCUCGGAGGUCGAUCGUUGCUUAAUCACUGUCUUGCUCGUUCUUUAAGCAGUAUCGCGCAAGAGGCGUUUAAGGUCUGUCAAGAAACGGUCAACAAAGUCAGAGAUUGUGUGAAGUAUGUGAAAACCUCGGAUGUCCUAGAAGAGAAGUUUCUUGAACUCAAGCAACAACUUCAAGUACCAAGCAUGAAAACACUAGCAAUCGAUGAUCAAACUCGUUGGAAUACCACGUACGAGAUGUUAUUAUCAGCCUCGGAACUGAAAGAAGUGUUUUCUUGCAUAGACACCACCGAUCCCGAUUAUAGUAAAGGGCCCACCGCGGAAGAAUGGAAGCAAAUCGAGAAUCUGUGCACAUGUUUGAAGCUGUUGUUUGACACGGCAAAUCUGCUGACAUCGGCAACUAUACCGACAACAAACACGUUUUUUCAUGAAGUGUGGAAGAUCCAGCUGGAGUUGACCCGUGCAGCCACAAGCGAAGAUCCUGUCAUCAACACCAUUGCGAAACCGAUGCAGGUGGGUUUCGAUACAUACUGGAAAAGCUGUUGUUUGAUCCUAGCAAUCGCGGUGGUUAUGGACCCGCGGUUUAAGAUGAAACUGGUAGAAUUUAGCUUCACAAAGAUUUACGGUGAGGAGGCUGCAAGUUACAUUAAUUUAGUCGAUGAAGGGAUCCAUCAGAUGUUUCUCGAGUAUGUUGGCGGGUUGGAAGGAAGCGUGAAACAAGAAGAUGUUGCAGGACUCGGGCUUACCGAUUUCGACAUGUAUAUCAUGGAAACGACAAGUCAACAGUCAAAGUCAGAACUCGACCAGUAUUUAGAGGAGUCGCUUUUACCUCGGGUUCACGAGUUUGAUGUAAUGGGAUGGUGGAAACUAAACAAGGUGAAGUACCCGACGCUCUCGAAGAUGGCUCGUGAUAUCUUGACGGUUCCUGUGUCGACUGUGGCUCCCGAGUUGGUUUUUGAGACUGAGAGGAAGGAGAUGGACCGCUAUCGGUGCUCGUUGAGACCUGAAACCGUGGAGGCGGUUAUUUGUGCCAAGGAUUGGCUCGUUGGCGGUGGCGGCAAUGGUGAAUCUGUAGACAUGAUGAAAGCUAUGGUGAAAAUGGAAUUUCCCAUUUGAUGUGUGUACUGAAAUUUAUUUCUUAGAGUGAUGUUAUGCUUAUUUUAGACUUGUUUUAACCAACUAGUUCCUCUGCUUGUUUAAGAAAACUUUAGGUAUUUUAUGAAAGAAUGUAUGAGCCUUAAAUAUGUAUACUUGACAGUUGAACCUACUCAACAAAUCCAAAUCUGGGUUAAUUUGGGGUUGAGUUUUGAAGGAGAUUUUUAGAUUAUUGAGUUUU